AUGCCAAUAAACCCACUUCCUCCAUAAAUUACAUAUCAUGUACCUCUUAUAUAAACUAAAUCCUUUAUCAGAUAAUUCAGUGUAUUGAAAAUCAAUCAAUAACAAUGGAAAUAGAAAAUUAGAUAAUAUUUGGAGUUGUCAAGUGAAAGCAAGUGA